AACAUAACAGGUGCCAUUUUGAGCAAGGAUCUAUUAGAAUCUUGGCAUGAAAUGUCAUGUUUAGGUCAUGGUGACGGAAACAAAUAUCAGAUGGAAGGACAGUGUACUGUAUGUUUUAAAGUAUUUUUCAUUGCUAUAUUUUUCAACUUCUCUUUUCUGAGUUAUUGAGGGCGUUUAUUAUUUAUCCAAUAACCAGCUGAACUGACACAGGACCCUCCCGCUCUUACACGUACACCCACCAAUACACACACCAAUACACACACACACACACACACACACACAGAGAGAGACUGCACAAAAAAACAAGAUGAAUACUCAGACUGCGGGUCUUCGCAGUACAGAACAAGUCUCACGGCAGUAUGUUUUUCCAAAGACCCUCUUUAACUCAAUGAUCAUUUUUGCUCUCAUAUUUGUGAUAUGUAUGCCUGACUAUGUUUACCCUCACUGUAAAAAGUCAAACCUUACGGCAUGCGGAAGGAAAGUAAUAUAUGACCCAAUCAUUAAAGUCACCAAUCUUAAAACAUACAUGGUUGGCUCCUACAUAGAGCACCGACAGGAGGUGAAAAUGAUACGGACAAUUGCUAUAGUGCAUCGCAGUGAAAAUGCAGAGUAUCAAUGCAUGCUGUGCUGCAGUGGAACGAAGGUGUCAGUAUCUGCUACUUUAAACAUUCACUCUGAUCACUUUGGGUUUGAUUACGGCACUGCUGAUAUUAUAUGCAAAAUACCGGAAGAGUGUCCAACACCAGAACAUGUGGCUAUCACUUCCAAAUCACCUAAAGAGAAUGGAUUAUUGCAGUAUAUUCAUGCCUUCCAACCUGUUAGGAAUCAACAGAAACAAGAAGUCUUUCGCUAUGAAUUCACAGUUUGCAUUUCUGUCAUGUAUGACUAUGAGAAUGUAUUGCUGCUUGUGCAGGCCAUGGAGAUGUACAGGAUACUAGGUGUCCAGAAGGUAGCUAUUUACAAAACCAGCUGCAGUAAUGUUACACAGAAGGUCCUGGAUUAUUACAUCAGUCAGGACUUUGUGGAGCUCAUCCCUUGGAGUGUAUCGUCCUACAUUAAUGUGUCCAGAGGCUGGAGGAAGUGGGAAUCGCCAGGGGAACUACACUACUUUGGGCAAAUCGCAGCACUUAAUGACUGUUUGUAUCGUUACAUGUACAAGAGUCACUAUGUAGCUCUUCAAGAUAUGGAUGAAUUCAUUCUACCUUUGAAUUUAAGCAAUUGGACAGAGCUUCUGCCUGAAUUGGAGAGGAAAUAUGGUCAGGGGGUGGGCUUUGAGUUUGAGAAUAAUUUGUUUCCCAUUUACUUGAGGGAUCCAAAAUAUGAAUAUUCACCAGACUCCUGGAAGAAGGUUCCGGGACAAAACAUUUUAGAAUAUGUUCAUAGGUUAAGAAACGAUCCUUCAGAAUUCAAUACUUUCAAAGUUAUUAUAAAUCCUCGUCUAGUAUUUGAAACUACAGUCCAUGGAUUGUUGAAAUCAAUGAAUGGUGCUGUGAGAGUGAACCCUGAAGUUGCUCGCAUGUAUCACAUAAAGAACUUUAUUAUGAAAGAGGGCACGUUAACAGGUAACCCCAUACUGGACCCACAUCUCAGAGACUAUGCAGAUAGGCUGAUACCUGCUGUUUCUGAAGUGCUUCAGAAAGCACUAAAAUUGCCAAAAGUGUAAAAAAGGUCUGGUCAUGAUAUGUUAAGAGUAAAAAAGCCAUUUUAUCUAAACAUGCCAAGCAAAUCUAAACAUACCAAAUGCACUCUGGUAAACCUGGAGAGUUUAGCUGAAUUGUACAAGACAGGAAGCAGUACAUUUCCAAAGAACAUUUCUUAAUAAAAGAAUUCUUAUGAAAUAUAAGCAUUUAAGAAUUUUUUCAGGAAGAUUAAACUGUUCAGCAUGUUGUCAGUGAUUAUUGGUUUAUUCUAAUUUCAACCAUUUUAUCCUAAUUAUUAUUUAAAUUGUUUUAUUUGCAGCUGUUGAUUCCUGUCAAUUUUAAUUACAAGAGAUUCAAUCUGAAUAGUACUUAUGUUGGCAGUAGAGAGCUUCACAUUUGUGGACAGCACCAAUGGAAGGAGAUAAUCACAAUCUUCAGCAAUCGCCCCAGACAUUUGUCUGUAGUGCUGUCAAAAGCAAGCCUCUGGUUAGCCAACCUGUAAGCUGUGAUAUUAGGAACUAAUUUGAGGACAAAAAGGUUUAUAAUGGCCUAUUAUUUAAAUUGAAAGUGUGCCAGAAUUAAACCAAUUGUAAUAAGAGAUUAAAAUUAAGGUUUCCAAAGGCAUUUGUACACAAAUUGCAAACUGCAAAUCUUUUGGUAGGAAUCAGUUUGACAGGAAUCAAAUAUCUCUACAAAUCUCUACAUAUCUCUAAAAAUAUGUUCAAUAUGCACUCCUGAAAUGCAUUUAAAUCAUCAAUUGCGCCUCAGCAAAAGCAGUGCAGAUCAUCCUACACAGGGUCAGAGGGAAUCUGAAGUCUGUCCAAAGAGACUCCCAAAAGCAGUGGACAUCCUGAAUGGGGUACCAGAUUCACACACAAUAGACAAUUUAGAGAUGCUUGAGAAGAUAUCAAAGGGCUUCAUAUUUAAGGAAUUAUAUUAUUUUAUAUAUAUAUAUAAUCCCAGUUUCAACCAGAUCUCACACAUACCUGUGUCCAGGAUUACCCGACGUCCUUUAAGCCUUAGUUUUCUUGCUGAUAAAAUUAAACAUUCUGUUUGCAUAUAAAAUUCACCAAUGUAAAUAUGUAUCAUAGCAUGCUAGAUGAAGAAGAAGCAGUGUGUGCUCUUUGCUACAGAUCAUAUGGGCUCUGUUGUCUCCAAUCCCAUUGGUAGUCACUGCAUCAUUUCACUCUGUACUUUAACAAAGAAAUUAAGUCUACCCUUUUUCAGCUUUGCUGCAUUGCUGGAAAAGGUCACAUCCAGUCACCUAUUGUCCACAAAAACAUGUUAUGUCUGAAGUUCUAAGACACUCACUGUCCACUUCAAAAUGCUUUUUAAAAAUGCUUUUUUUAAUUAUUAUUAUCCUGGGACUUAUUGACAAUUUGCUUGUACUGAACACCCUUUCAACAUAUUCUUUAAUGUUUUAAUGUGCCUUUGUC